AAAUUAAAAACCCUAAAAUAACAAAACUGAGCCACUCCAGUACCAUUUCCGUUGCAUCAAUACAAAUAAAUUUCAUCGGAGUCGCCACUCAACACAGCCGCCGGAAAACGUAAUCGGAGUUAGCUCGUCGGCCGUCAUAAACAACGACAAACUCGUCCAGGGUAGAAAAGUUUGGAGAAUAUGAAUAAGGAUAAGAUUUUCAAGCUAGCAAAGGGGUUCAGAGGGAGAGCAAAGAACUGUAUUAGGAUUGCGAGGGAGAGAGUGGAGAAGGCAUUGCAAUAUUCCUAUAGGGACCGACGUACUAAAAAGAGGGACAUGCGAUCGCUUUGGAUCCAACGGAUUAAUGCUGGCACUCGUGUUCAUGGUGUCAAUUAUGGAAACUUCAUGCAUGGGCUAAAUAAGGAGAACAUUCAACUUAACAGAAAGGUUUUGUCCGAGAUAUCUAUGCAUGAACCCUACAGUUUCAAAUCACUGGUAGACAUAUCUCGAAAUGCAUUUCCUGGAAACAAGAAUGUGGUUGUUCCUCCAAGAAAGGUGUCCUUUUAGAAACAUUUGGCACUUUAGCAAACAUUUAUAUGUAGUUUAUGUCAGAAUGGUUAAGAAUCUUUGAGGAUUUUGGGUGUAGCUUCAAAUGAUGAUAAGUUGUGUAUGCCUAUGAUUCAUACAUACAUGAUUUCCCCCUUCUGGUUUUUCUUUCGCUUGCUUCGAAAUCUGUAUUAAUGUAUGAAUUGGUAUUGUGGAACUUUUGCUGCCAUUAGGCUCCAUAAAAAUAGAGAUUUUUUCAACAUUAGCAAAA